CCUACACUCCUACACUCGGGUCAGCUCUCGUUUUCAUUUCUCUCUCUCUUUCUCUCUCUCUCUCUCUCUCUCUCUCUCUCUCUUUUUUUUUCUGUAUUUAUUUUUCUCCUCACAUAAAGGCUCUGUCUCUUUUCUUUAUGAAAUAUUGUGUAAGAUGCGGUUUGGAGGCUCGGCUUACGAGUGAUUUCGCUGUAAACUGAGGGAUUACUCCGCGAAUCGGUUUGUGAAAGGAGAGCUGGAGGAGGAGGGGGCUUGUUGGAGAGGUUCUGCUGGAGAGACAGGAGGGACUGAGGACAGAUAAUCAUGGCAAAAGAUCUGUACUCAGAGAAUAUCUACGCCUACGCUCUAUCCAAAACCCUGACUAAAGUGCACCCCCCUCUGACCGUGGGCCUGUACUCAUCCUGCCACAGCAAGAUUAAGAUGAUCCUCAAGAACAUUGAAGGUCACAUGAACGACGAGGCUCAAAGAAGAGAGAAGCAAGAACAGAAAUCCAAGCCUCGGCCGGCGAUGGCCUCUUUUGGAAACAUGCUUUCGCUAAUCUCUCGUCUCCUGUUCUAUCGGCCCGUGUGGACAGAACAGAACCAGAACAGAGAAUGCGUCCGCUACGUCUUCGUGAAGUUCAGCGCCUGGCAUUUCGCUGGUAGCGAUCUGCUCUGGGCUGGACUGGUGAUGCACUUGUGGCAGACUCUUCAGGAUAGCUUCGGCAAACUUGAACUCGGACUCUACAGAGUAGCUCAGUUUGACAAAGACGAGGACAGAAAGAAAAAGAAGAUUGAAGACGUCAACCAGAACUGGAGAUCUAAGAAGGUCCUGUGCAUCCCGCUGUGGAUCCUGGUCUUGGUGACACUGGUUGUGUCUCUUUUCGUGCUGGUGCCGAUUAUUAUUCUUGGGUUCUCUGGAAAAAAACAAGGGGAACAAGGAGAAGAUAAAGAACAGGAAGACUCAAGCGAGAGCAACGGGUACGGAGUUCUGGAAGGUUUUGCUAUCGCAGCUCUUGGAGUUCCAGCAGCUGGAGCUGUGAGGUUCACCAUCAUGUUGGGGAAGAACCUCAUCUUCAAUCAGGACUUCAAUAUCAGGAGACGAUUGGACAACCAGAAAAUCAGCGAACAGCUGGGACUGAUGCAUGAGGUCCGAAAAGAGAUAAGACUGCUCUCUCGUUUUAUCCACUUCAUGGAGAUCUUUGAGAGACGCAAGAUCAAAGUGGUGCUGGAGAUCACCAAUUUGGACCGUUGCACUCCUGAGAAAAUCGUUGGGGUCUUGGACGCCAUCAAUAUACUUCUAUCAGAUGAAGAAAGCCCAUUUAUAUCGUUAAUUGCAGUGGAUCCAGAGGUACUUGCUCAACAGGUAGACCAGGCAAAGGGUUGCUUCACCAAAAAGGACAGAGCUUAUGGUUUCUUGGACCGAAUAAUCACACUACCCUUCACCAUUCCACCGUUGUGCGAUACGUCGAAGUGCAAAGUCUUCCGGAAAAUCGUUUGCGGUCAGUCUGAGUCCACAGUUGACUCACAGGGUAUUGAGGUUGAAAGAUAUUGCGAAUCUGAGACAUCGCUUUCUAUAGAUGAUGUUGAUUCUUCAAUCAGCACCAGUCUCAUCAAAGGUCAAUCCACUGCUCUGAUUGCAAAACAAAAUAAGCCAGAAACCCUGAAACCGUUCAUAUUUCACGAGACGGAAGUAGAACGGCUAAUCCAGGCUGCGUUUGAGAGCAUCUUCUUAAGUACCGAAACAAGGCUUCACACCUACAUCUCUGAAAACACCGUGUCCAUGAGGAGAGUCAUCAACUCCAUCAGGGUGACCAUUGUGGUCAUGGAGGCUCUGAAGGUCGAGGUUCCUUCACCUGAAAGAACUGCAGCCUGGGUGGUGCUGGUGGACCGCUGGCCCUGUAGACUGAGCUGGAUCCUCCAGUGCGUGGAAGACGAAGAGCAGAUCCUGAAGAUCCAAGAAAACAAGGUUGGAACGCCAACCGCUUUUGACCCCACUAAAUCCCUAUGGAGUGUUUUCAGUGAGCACCGGGUGGAGCUCCAUGUGAUUGGGGAUGAGGUGGAGCGCUUCUUGGAAAGAGAUGAUGAUCCCGAGCUCUUUGAGAUGUUCCUCAAAAACGACUUUAAAUUCACAGUUGGAGAGAUGACUACGUUUAAGUUAUAUACAGUAAAUCUGGACUAUUCCAUCAAGAACGAAUUGGCCAAGAUUAGAGGAAGCAAGAGGGUGAAAGGAACUGGGAGGAGUUUCUUCAACACUUUGUCUCCAAAGACUGUGAUUAACAUGAGUGUAGAGGAUAUCUGCACAGAGUUAUCCAGGAUGAAUCUCCAGGAGAAGUACUCAGAGAUUGUGAGGAUGAAUCAUAUUAAUGGUCAGGCUCUGCUCCUCAGUGACCCCUCUGAUCUGAGAGAGGUCAUGCAGAUGACCCUCGGGGAAUGGACAGCUUUUAAGACUCGCUUCCUUGGGGUCAUGUCGUCCGGUCGUAGGAACCAAACCAAACCAUCACCAGUGAUCUCAAAACCUAAUCUGAUCGUGUGCUCCUCUGCUCGGUAAAAUAAAGCUCUGGAAAAAAUGAAGAGAUCACUUCA